AUGUACAUAUAUUGCCGUCCCCUGCCCCCGCCUCUCCCCCUCUCUUCCCCCCCUUUCCCACAUUCCCCCCCCCUCACCCUCCCCUUUCCCCCCUUGAUUUCCACCCGUUACCAACCCCCCAUAUCCACAUCUCCCACCCAUCCCACCCCCUUCCCCCUUCCUCCCCACCCAAAUGGCUCGAAGCAGCACAGCACGUUCACGGGGGUUGGGGCGGAACCAGUAGGGCUUGGAGCAGCGCAGUGGGUUCACGGUGGGCAGCAUUGUGGCUCGGAGCAGCGCAGUGUGUUCACGGUGGGCAGCACUGUGUGGGUGCCGGACGAGGAGGACGCAUGGGCGGAGGGCGAGGUGGUGGGCGUCAAGGAUGGCGCCGCGGGUGCAGGCGGGCAGGUGGUGGUGCGCACCACAGGGAAGAAGAAGCGCGAGGUGACGGUAGCAGCGUGCGCGUGCUAUGCACGCGAGGAGGAUGGGGGCAUUAUGGACGACAUGGUCAAGAUGGCGUAUCUGCACGAGCCGGGGGUGCUCUGUAACCUCAUGCUGCGCUACCAGCGCAACCUUAUUUAUACCUACACAGGCAGCAUUCUGAUAGCAGCGAACCCCUUCAUGCGCAUACCAGGCAUCUACGACCGGGAGAUGAGGGAGGCGUACAGAGGGGCACAGAUCGGUGACCUCAGCCCGCAUGUGUUCGCCAUUGCUGAUAACGCGUACAGGGCGAUGGUGGACGAUAAGCGCAGCCAGUCGAUUCUGAUCAGCGGGGAGAGCGGGGCGGGCAAGACGGAGACAACGAAGCUGGUAAUGGAGUAUCUGGCGUCCGUGGGGGGGCGGUCCGAGGCCACCGAGGGGCGCAGCAUUGAAAGCCAAGUGCUGGAGUCAAACCCAUUGCUGGAGGCCUUUGGCAACGCCAAGACGGUGCGAAACGACAACUCAAGUCGCUUCGGCAAGUUCAUCGAGAUCCAGUUCGACCAGCGCGGCCGCGUGUCCGGUGCCGCCAUCCGCUCCUACCUUCUAGAGCGGUCCAGAGUGGUGCAGAUAGCAGACCCUGAGCGCAACUAUCACUGCUUCUACCAGCUCUGUGCGGGUGCAUCCCCUGAGGAAGCAGAGAAAUACCGGCUGCCUCCAGGGCCUAACAGAGCGGAGAAGUUUCACUACCUGAAGCAGAGCAAGUGCAUUGAGCUGGAGGGGAAGCGCAGCAACGCGGAGGAGUAUGUGAUCACUCGCAACGCCAUGGACGUUAUUGGGAUCUCACAGGACGAACAGGCAUCAAUAUUCGGCAUCGUGGCGGCCAUUCUGCAUCUGGGAAACGUGGAGUUCAAGGAGAAGGGCGACAAGAUGCGCAUCGCCAAGAGCUCCGAGGAGAAUCUUGAGAACGUCGCUCACCUGCUCUCGUGCGACAAGAAGAAGCUGCAGGAGUCACUGUGCACAUUGAAGCGCAAGGUGGGAGGCGAGGUGAUCAAGAGCUAUCUGGACGAGAAGGGGGCUGUGGUGCGCCGAGACACGCUCGCCAAGACACUCUACUCCAAGCUCUUUGACUGGAUAGUGGAGAAGGUGAAUCGGUCCAUUGGCCAGGAUGCCAACUCCAUGGCUCUCAUUGGCGUGCUUGAUAUCUACGGCUUCGAGCACUUCAAGCUCAACAGCUUCGAACAGUUCUGUAUCAACCUGGCAAAUGAGAAGCUUCAGCAGCAUUUCAACCAGCACGUGUUGAAGCUAGAGCAGGAGGAGUAUGAGCGGGAGGAGAUCAACUGGAGCUACAUCAACUUCCGGGACAACCAGGACGUGCUAGACCUCGUUGAAGGGGAUAAGGGCAUUCUCACACUGCUCGACUCAGCCUGCAAGCUAGCCCAGUCCACGCCAGAGUCCUUCACCAUGUCGCUGUACGACGCCUUUUUGAAGCACGAGCGAUUCACCAAGUCCAAGGGCUCCGUCACUGACUUCACGCUGGAGCACUACGCGGGGCGAGUUAAGUACAGCACCACGGAGUUCAUCAGCAAGAACCUCGACGCCGUGGUAUCAGAGCACGAGGCGCUGCUGCAGAAGUCCACCGACCCGUUUGUGGCUGCGCUGUUCCCUGCGGCUCAAGAGGAGGUGAAGGAGGGCGGGGGGAAGGGCGGCAAGGCCACCACCAAGUUCGCGUCGUUGGGGAAAUCGUUCAAGCUGCAACUGUCGCAGCUGAUGGACACGCUGAACCGCACAGAACCGCACUACAUCCGGUGUAUCAAGCCCAACUCCAAGAGCCGGCCGGCACUGUUUGAGAAAAGCAUGGUGGUGGAGCAGCUGCGAUCGGGGGGAGUGUUGGAGGCCAUUCGCAUGUGCUCGGCGGGCUACCCCACUCGCCGCCUCUUUGACGACUUCAUCGACAGAUUCUCGCUGCUCGUGCCCUCGCUCUUUGACAAGGAAAUGUCGGACCCUGAGUACGUGGAGGUCAUUCUGCGCCAUGCCAAGCUGGAGAAUUACCAGAUCGGAAAGUCAAAGAUAUUCCUGCGAGCGGGGCAGAUGGCCCUAAUGGAGACGUGCCGGCUGGAGAUCAUGAACGCUGCUGCCGCCCGCAUUCAGCGUGCCACGCGCCGCUUCCUCUUCCGCCUGCACCGCGCCCGCGCUGCCCUCUGCAUCCAGAAGCUCUGGCGCGCCUACAAGGCACGGGAGUUCGUGUACCACCUGCGUCAGCGCCUGGCUGCAACGUGCAUUCAGCGUAUGGAGCGGGGCCGGCAGCAGCGCAUGCGCUUCCUCGUGCUGCGGCGGGCAGCAAUCACCAUCCAAGCCAAGUACCGCAUGCACCUCUAUCGCAUGCGCUACCUGCACAUGCGUGACAACCUCGCUGCCACCUGCAUUCAGUGUCACUGGCGGGGCUAUGCAGCUCGCAAGCCCUGGAAGGCCCUGCGCCAGUACUUCUUUGCACGGCUGGCGAGGCUGCGAUAUAAGAACCUCAAGCUGGAGGCGGCUCGCAUUGCUGAGCUGGCGCCGCCACGCAAGAAGACGGAGGUGGCGAUGGAUACAAUCCGCAUGAUGGUGCUGCGCGUGCAGAGGGACAAGGCGGAGAAGGGGCGGCAGGCGUUGGAACGCCAGCUGGCGGAGGCGAGAGAGGAGGUGGAGCGGCGGGGUAGGGAGAUUGCGGCUCGAGGCAGGGAGAUAGCCCGGCUGCAGGAGAUGCUGGAUGCGGAACAGGCCAGGGCAGAGGCUGCAGAGGCGGAGGUGAGGGAAAUGGUGGCGGAGCGGGAGGAGCAGCGGGAGGAGCAGCAGCAGCACUUGGUGAAGAUGAAAGAGCUCUCUGUGUUGCCUGAUGCGCUGAGCGAGGGAGAGGGAGAGGAGGGAGAGGAGGAGGGAGUGGAGGAGGUGAAAGAGGUGGCGAUGGAGGGGGAUAGGGAGAAGGAGUGUGUUGUCGUGGGGGUGGAGGGCGGCGCAGACAGGACGGCGCUUGCCAACCAUUUCUUGCCGCCAAUUCUGGAAAGAUCUGCACAAAGCGAGGCGGAUCUAGUGGAGGUAGAAGAGAGGGCCGUGAACAGAGGAAAGGACGGCGAUGGGAACGAGGAGCAAGGGGAGCAAGGGGAACGCAAGGAGCAGCAGGCUCAGGAGAAGGGGCAGGAGCAGGUGCAGGGAGGAAAGGGCGAGGGGCAAGGGGGAGCGGCAGCAGCAGCGGGAGGCGAGGAGCACAAGGGAGGGAAACCUCGACCUGUGUCGCCGCUAUCAGCCGGCGCCAGUGCCAUCCGUGAUCGGCUCACUCUGGACGUUGGUGCUGGCACCACCACCAGUGGCGCCGCUGCUGCUGCCACUGCAGGGGCAGCAGCAGGGGCAGCACCUGGGGCAGCAGCAGGAGCUGGAGCAGGAGCAGCAGCAAGUGUAGGCCCAGGCGGAGGCGCCCCUCUGCCUCCCAGCGACGGCAGCAGGCGCCCCAUGCGCCCCCGUGCUGCCUCCUCUUCAGGAUCCAACUGGCAGGUCGCCUCAGAGGACGGGGACUUAGACCAUGAGGGCGCAGCAGCAGCCGAGCAGGACCGAGAGCCCCUGAGUGCUGACAGGGGUCCGCUUAGUUCAGAACGGCCCAGGAGAAUGUCGGCUGGCGCGGGAGGGGGUGGAGCGGGAGGGAAGGAGUUUGGCCGGUAUGGGAGCAGCUCGUUCCGGGGCUCGCCGGCUCGGGAGUUUGAAGGGGGAGCGCGGGUGGGGCGUGGGGAGGAGGGGUCGUGGAGUGGGAGGAAGCUGGGUGGAGUGGGGUCGAGAUCGGCUAGGAGUGGGGCGAGUGAGGCGUCGCCGAGGGGAGGGGUGGGGAUGGGGAUGGGGACGCCGCCCACGCCUGGGGGGAGUGGGGCGGGGACGCCGCGGGGGAAGAGCCUGACGUUUUCGGCGAGCAACUUUGAUAAGAUUCUGGCGAGCAUGCAGCGGGAAGUGGAGAUUGCACAGAAGAUGCGUGAGGAGAACAACUGGCUGCGGGCGGCGUACAAGGAGGCGGUACACAAGGCAGAGGUGGCAGCGGCACUGGCGGGGGCGGAGAGGGCGAGAGCAGAGGAGGCGGAGAGGAACGUGGCAGCGCGGGAGGAGGAGAUGCGGGAGGCACUGGCACGAUGCCAUGAGCUGCAGGAGAAGCUGCUCGGGAAAUCGCGCGAGGUGCGCACGUUGAGUCAGAGGCUGAUUGCCUUCCAGGCCAGCAUGGCCAACGCCAAUCCGGCCAUGCCCAUCGACAAGCAGCAGGAGGUGCUUCUGAACGAGAUAGCUGUCAGCCGCUUCCCCUUCGGUCCGCAAGGCCAGCCAGUGGCAGCGUGUGUGGUGUACCGGUCGCUGCUGCACUGGCGAGUGUUCCAGGCCGAGAAAACCAACGCGUUUGACCGAAUCAUUGAGACCUUCCAGAUGGUGUCUCGCUCCGAUGACAUGAGCACCUUGAGCUACUGGCUCAGCAACCAUGUGGUGCUGCUGUACCUCGUGCAGGUGGUGUACAAGGCCCCAGCAGAGAAGCCCAAGUUGGAGCGCGUCACCACGUUUGGCUUCUUCGGCGCUCGCCCCCCCACUCCGCCGCGACCCAGCGCAACGAUGCAGCAGGUGGAUCUGAUGCUGUUCAAGCAGCAGCUGGCGACCGGCAUCGAGCGGCUGUAUGUAACCAUCCGUGACAGUGCCAAGACAGAGCUCGCCGUCCACUUCAACCCUCAGCCUGAGGUGCGCGCGCAGUGGUGUCCGUGCACGUACAGCAACGGGGAGAGGAUGGAGGAGGGGCUAAGCUGUCUGGAGCAGCGAUGGAUGCCGCCGUUGCAGCCUGAUGGUGCGAGCGCAGUGGUGCCCGUGCACGUACAGCAACGGGGAGAUGAUGGAGGAGGGGCUCAGCCGUCUGGAGCAGAGCACCUGAUGGUGCGCGCGCAGUGGUGCCCGUGCACGUACAGCAACGGGGAGAUGAUGGAGGAGGGGCUCAGCCGUCUGGAGCAGUGGGUGCAUGACGUGGAGGUGCAGCUGAGGGAGGUGCUGGGGGGGGAGAGGGAGCCCCUGAGGAAGGAGCUACGGCACCUGCAGCAGACCAUUCUCUUCCUGACCCUGGACCACAAACCGCGGCGAACUUUGGAGGAGCUGCGGAUGCUGUGUCCUGAUUUAAGUAUGAACCAGCUGGUGCACAUGUGCAUUUGGUACGAGGACGACAAGUACGGCACCAAGGGUGUGGACCCGAGUGUGAUCGAGCAGAUGUGGAGCGAGAUGGUGGAUGACAGCCCCAUGCUGCUAAGGGAUGGCGAAGGCAUCCCCUUCACAACGGACGAGAUCGUACACAGCCUACCCGAGAUAAACCUGGACGAGGUAGAGCCUCCCCCCGAGCUCCAAGACGACCCCACCUUCCACUUCCUCCUCCCCCUCACCUCCAUCCCCUCCGUCCCCUCCACCCCAACUGCUGCCUCGCACACUCCCCGCAACGCCUCCCCGCGCCUCCCUCCCCCUUCCGUGCCAUCAUCCAUCCCCCGAUCGGCCUCACUCUCUCAUGCCCAUUCUCGGCCCGGCACCGCUCCCCACCCUAUGGGGGGUGGUACUCCUAGGGCUGCUGGGGCGUCGUCGGUUGCGAGUACGCCUCGUGUGCCGUCGAGCCCUUGGGAUUACUUCCGAGGGCGAGGGGCGUGGAAGAAUGAAGAUGCGUGA